GGGCAAACACCCCCCCCCUCCCCUCCUCCACUUCAGAGUCAAGCUUCGGUUCAUCCCCCCGCGGUAAAACCGUUCCAGAUUUCCAUCUAACUCCCGAUCCAUGGAUAAGGUGUGGCUCCUCCUGCUUUCCCUUAUUCCCCAUCAAUUCGGGCAAGAUCCAUACAUAGAUUGCCCGAUCCCCCUCCCCCUUUCCCAGAUACCUACGCAGGCAGUUCAUCCGAAUUCGGAGAAUUCCGAUCUCAUGAUCCCUGCUGCGAGGAGACCACUACAAUGGAGAGCCGAAUUCCGAGCGUUUGAAUACGGAGUCGGAACCGGCCUUCCCAAUGGUCUCGAACUCCUCGUUUGCGUUUCUGUUUGUUGCCCGGCCUCAGGAUCCACUCGGUGGGAACCGGUUUAGAGGGUCGACUCGGAAGAUGUCUCCAUUUGGGGGCGGCGCGAUGUAAGCUGCGCCUGAGCUGGGAUGAUAUCACUCCAUUUGGAAGUACUCGUACUGCUGGGGUCCACGGUGGAUGGGGCUGUAUACAAAUGACUGCAAAACGAAACUGAUCACAAAACAUAUCUGUCUGUCUUGCACCGGUGACGCCAUCAUCGACAGUCUUUCUCUUCUCUGCGUCUCUGCGUUACGUUGUUCCGCGUCACUCCGUCUUCAGCCUUUUCCAUGGCUUUCGACCACGUCCAAUGACCACGUCCGAGGGAUUGGGUGGUUGGGUACAAAACAUCUCCAGAAACUAGG